AUAACAUUUGGGUUGAACGCCCUCAUGGGGAGGAGAAGAUCCAAGGACGAUCGCGAGCAUUUUGUAGGUAACUGGGACCCGCAGAAUGCUCGUGAUUUUAUGAGCUACACCAUCUCGAAAGGAUACGAGAUCGACUCCUAUGAGCUCGGAAAUGAGCUGUGUGGGUCCGGGGUUUCGGGAAGAAUAGAUGCGGACCAGUACGGAAAGGACAUGAUUACCCUCAAUGAGCUGGUGAAGGAACUGUACCCAAAUGGGUCCCAAAGGCCCAAGGUGCUGGGCCCAGCUGGGUUCUUCGAUCGGAAGUGGUUCGAGACCUUCCUUCAGAUCUCGGGCCCAAAUGUUGUUCAUGGGCUCACCCACCACAUCUACAACCUUGGUGCAGGCGUUGACUUGGCUCUUAUAGACAAAAUCCAGGAUCCGUAUUUCCUGGACCAGGUAGCCCAAACAUAUAGGAACAUAUGGAUGACGACGAAGACGUUUGGGCCAUGGGCUGGGGCUUGGGUCGGAGAGUCUGGUGGAGCCUACAACAGCGGCGGCAAAGAUGUUUCCCACACUUUUGUGGAUGGCUUCUGGUACUUGGAUCAACUCGGCAUGACCUCAACCUUCGAUCAUAAGGUUUUUUGUAGGCAGGCGCUGAUCGGAGGCAACUACGGUCUCCUCAACACCACCACCUUCAUUCCAAAUCCCGAUUACUAUGGUGCACUCUUAUGGCAUCGGCUAAUGGGAAAAGAAGUCCUCUCCACCACUCACGAUGGCUCUCCAUACUUGCGGGCCUAUUCUCAUUGCUCAAAGAAUAAGGAUGGCGGCGUCAGCAUGAUUCUGAUCAACAUGUCGAACUCAACUUCCUUCGAUGUCUCGAUCAUCAAUGACAUGAACUUCUACCUAGACUCUCACAAUAAGGAGGCUGAUUCAGGCCCGGAGCCAAGGGAGGAGUACCACUUGACCCCAGAGGGCGGCAACAUCCAGAGCGAUGUGGUCCUCUUGAAUGGAACUCCACUAAAGCUCACGGAAUCCCAAGACAUCCCCGAGAUGAACCCGAAGCUCGCCAACCCUUCGUAUCCGAUCCACAUCGCACCUGAUUCCAUUGUCUUCGUGACCCUGAAAGGCUUCAGGGCCCCCGCUUGUGUUGAAGACCAGUAAUUCCAGUUGUGUCUUUGGCUGCUGUGUUUAGGAAUUAGGGUAGGUGAAUGCAAGUUUAUGUGCAGUUGCAAAUUGUUAAUGAGUACUUUUAGUAUGUUUUUUAGAUUUACUAGAGAAUAAUGGAGGGCUAGCCCCACAAUUCCAUAAAUUGAGUAGUGACCGAGCCACCAAAGGCAUAAAAAUGGUUAAGCGUGUUCUGGUUUUACAAAUUCUGAUGUAUUUAGUCUUAUUCUAUAAGUCAACUAUGCUUGGUUAGGCAUGUACAGAGAUGAACAUAAUGACAACAGUCAUAUAAGA